GAGAGAGGUGGGCUCUGCUUUUUUACAGAUGCCCCUCAACGUAUCUCUCUCUUUUUUAUCUUCUCCCCGUGACUCCUGCUACAAAAACACUCCCUCCUCUGUCUCUCCCCUGUUUCUCACACCAAUCCACUGCACUCUUGGAUUCUCACUAUUGGAUAAUUCUCUUCUUUUUUGACAUUUUUUCACAUUCCUCUCGGAUAAAAUAAACCCCAUGUCUUGAUAAGUUUAAAUCUCGGGGAUUGUGCAUCACAAGUUAUAAAUUCUUCCUCUCUUCGCUUGUCCUUCCUCUUCUCCUCACUCUCUUACAAUAUAAAAGUACUUGUUUCCUCAUUUAGCUAGAGGGUUUUUCUUGCAUGUUUUGAUGAAUUCAAGAAUGAUUUUUUGAGUUUUGGUAUUUGAACUUGCAGUACCUUUUUGGGUUUUUACAGGGUUUUAGAAUCUUUUUAAUCUAUAUAAUAUCUUGGCCCUUUUGUCUCUUCUUUUCAUUAUUAUAUAAACCAUAUGAUAUGAUAUAAGAUACCACCCUUUUCUUGUACAUUCUGGGGUUUAGGGUUUUGUGCUAUUUUCUUAUAGGCUGCUUUACCAUUUCAACACAAUCCUACCUAUUCACUGUAUUUUUCUUGCCUUAUUGGUUGUUCAGUUUGAACCAAUACUUGAGCUUUUCUUGUUGUCAUCAAUUUAUUAUAAUUGCGUGGGCCAGUUCAACUCUGAUUCCAGUUAGUACUUAAUUUAUGUUCAGAAUCUUCUGCUGUGUACUUAAUUCUGAUUCUGCAAAAUCUUCUGAGCAUCAUUUUGUUCUGUAAUUCUCUUCUGUUGAGUUUUGCACUUCAAGUUUGUUUCUUUUUUUUGCAUCUUGAUUUUUAUGAAUUGAGCACUUGUUUUCUUCAAAAUGUCUUCUUGUAUAAGUGGAGGUGGCCGGACUUAUGGCUUCGAUCUCGAUAUAGUUAAAUCGACGUCUACUUGUAGUAGAACUUCACAUUCGUCAUCUCCGUCUUCAACGCUCUCUGAAUCAAGCAAUUCUCCGAUUGCAAUCUCACAUCGAAAGCCUAGAACACCGCGAAAAAGACCAAACCAAACUUACAAUGAGGCAGCGGUGCUUCUUUCCACUGCAUACCCAAAAAUAUUUUCCACCAAGCACCUCACUAAGCCUUGCAAAUCUAGCAAAUUGUGCAAUACUUUUUUGGAUGAGCCUCCUGAGUUGCUUCUUCCAUUCCGAACCAUAGACAAUUCGGGGUUUUUACUCCAGCAGCCAAUACUAGAAAAGCCCAUUGUCGGCAUUGAGCCUAAAGUAGUCAAUUCUUGUGAAAGAAUUUGUCAGAGUCCCGCGGGGAGCGAUUUCUAUGGGAAUUCUACUGAAUUCUGUGAUGAGCAGCAGGGAGAUUUUGAUGCGGAGUCGAUACUCGAUGAAGAAAUGGAAGAAGGGAUUGACAGCAUCAUGGGGAAUCUAAGCGUGAACAACGAUAAUAUAGUCAAUGAAAUGACUAAUGACACUUGCAUUGGUUAUCCAUUGGGGCUGGGAUUUAGUGCAAAUUUUGAUUUUGGUUUCGGGAUGAGAAGGGGAGUGAGGGCCUUAAGAAAUGUCGAUGAAUCGAAUUGGUGGAGUUUUCCUACGGUUGAUGUUGUUGACAUUACGCCUAAAUUCAAGACCAUCACAUCUUCAGCUGCGCAAAAGAAGAAAAAGAAGGUCGAGAAAAUUGUGGAACUCAAGUCCUUAAAUUUUCCUAAAGAUAAUAAAAUUUCAGCAGUUGCUGCUGCGCCUGCUGCUGAAGAAGCUGCUACACUUCCAGAGCUGAGUGCCGGGCCACGACUGAAACUAAAUUACGACAAAGUAAUGGAGGCCUGGUCGGACCGGGGCUCGCCAUUUCCAGAUGAAAUAUCAGGGUCGGAGUCAUCAGGAAAUGAUAUUUAUGCAAGGCUGGCUCAAAUAGACUUGUUCUCAGAGCUUGGAGGAGUGAGAGAAGCUAGUGUACAACGUUACAAGGAAAAAAGGCGCAACCGUCUCUUCUCCAAGAAAAUCAGGUACCAGGUCAGAAAACUCAACGCUGAUCGACGCCCAAGAAUGAAGGGGAGGUUUGUUAGAAGGUCAAACUCAGACAUGGAUGAGGAAAGCUAAGUGUUGAAAAAAAGCAUUGGGUGCUUGAAUAUACUCACCAAACUGUGUCUCCAAAAUUUCAUCAUUUUUGUAGUAUUUGUUUUCUACAAUAAGUUUGCUGGCUGCAAUGUUAUCAGUAAUGAGGAAGGGAAUUGAGAAUAGUAUAGUUAAGAAGAGGAAUGUGGAUGAAAUCAAGUAGUUGUCCAUAUUGUAAAACAAAUUUUGUGCUUAUUACAUAAUACAUUUGUUUUUGUUUUUAAA